UGGUUGCCCUUGCAAACAAACAAACACCUCAUUUUAUACUAACUUUUAAUCUCUCUCUCUCUCUCUCUCUCUCUCUCUCUCUCUCUCUCAUAUGAUCAACCAUGUUUACACUUCGUCACUCCAGGUAUGCAAAGAUACUAUUUUCUCACUCGCUGCUCCAUGUACAUGCCCCUUGAUUCUUACUCUUUUCAAUUUGGUACAAGUUCUUAGGGCUUUUGAUUUCAAUUCGAGAAUGAUGGUUUAAUUAACAUUUAACACCCUUUCUACUCUCAAAUCCCAAUCCGCUUUUUUCCCCCAAAAUCUCCACCAAUGAGUUCCCGAUUCCCGUCGCAUCAACUGAACAAUGGUUUAUACGUAUCAGGGCGGCCGGAGCCACCAAAAGAAAAAGCGCCGCCAAUGUCCUCCACCGCCGUCCCCUACACCGGCGGUGACAUAAAAAAAUCCGGCGAACUCGGAAAGAUGUUCGAUGUCGACCAUGGCAGUUCCAGGCCAAGAAAAUCCGGCCAUUUAGCCAAUCCUCCAUUAAGAACAGGAUCCAUGGGUGGUGGUGGUGGUGGUGGUGGUGGAAACACCAACAGAAUGAGUUCAUUAUCGGGAAAUGUCCCCGGAGCAUCUUUAAAAAAAACAAGCUCCGGCCCAUUAAACAAACAUGGAGAACCGAUAAGAAAAUCAUCCGGGCCACAGGGCGUAGGGUUGACCGGGUUGACUUCUGCCUCCAGGCAAAAUUCCGGUCCUCUCCCUCCGGUUCUCCCUGCCACCGGGCUGUUGACUUCCGGGCCGAUUUUGUCCGGCCCGCUUAACUCAUCGGGUGGGCCCCGGAAGUCAUCGGGCCCAUUGGAUGUUUCAGGGUCGAUUAAGUCAAGGAGCACAUCAAUGGUUAAGAAUCAAGCUGUUACUCAUUUGAGCCAGGAUGAUGGACAUUCAUUCUUUAGGAGUUUUCCAAAGUUGGUUUUUUGGUCGAUUGUUUUGCUGUUUGUGAUGGGGUUUAUUGCUGCAGUUUUUAUACUUGCAGCUGUUGGUAAUCCGAUUCUUUUGGUGGUUGUUGUUGUUCUUUUUGCUAUUGUGAGUUUGGGUUUUGCAUGGAAUGCUUGUUUUGGUAGAAAAGCUGUUAUUAAGUUUAUUUCUGAGUAUCCGGAUGCUGAGCUUAGAACUGCAAAAGAUGGACAGUUUGUCAAGGUUUCUGGGGUUGUUACAUGUGGAAAUGUUCCUUUGGAGUCAUCAUUUCAAAGGGUUCCUAGAUGUGUUUAUACAUCCACAAGUUUAUAUGAAUACCGAGGCUGGGAUUCAAAAGCUGCCAACUCCACACAUCGUCGCUUCACAUGGGGUCUCCGAUCCAUGGAGAGGCAUGUGGUGGAUUUUUAUAUAUCUGAUUUCCAAUCCGGAUUAAGGGCAUUAGUGAAGACUGGUUAUGGGGCCCGAGUGACUCCAUAUGUGGAGGAAUCUUCUGUUAUUGAUAUCGAUCAAUCCAACAAAGAUAUGUCCCCACAAUUCAUAAGAUGGUUGGCUGAAAGAAACCUCUCGAGUGAUGAUCGUGUAAUGCGACUCAAAGAAGGGUACAUUAAAGAAGGAAGCAGUGUGAGCGUGAUGGGAGUUGUCCAAAGAAACGAUAAUGUAUUAAUGAUAGUGCCUCCACCCGAUCCAAUUCCAACUGGAUGCCUAUGGAAUAGAUGCAUGCUUCCUUCAAGCCUAGAUGGGGUCAUUUUGAGAUGUGAAGACUCCUCAAAUCAUGAUGUGAUUCCUGUGUAAGUCAAGUUUGAGCUAAAGAUGAUAGGUGUAUAGUCUGGUUUUUGUUUCACUUUCACUUCACCCCAUGAUCUUGUUUGGGAGUGUGUUUUGUUAAUGGUGUUGUGUGAUUAUGGAGCUUUUGGGGGAAACUUGAUACUUGAAGGAGUUUUACAAUUUUCUUGGUUUUUUUUUUCAUGAGAAAUGUUUGAAGAAUUUGAGAUUUUGAUGGUAUUAUAUGGUUCACAUUUAUUAUGCCA